AUGGAGCCCAGCCAACUCCAAAGUGGAACCCCUGCACCUUACGGGCGGGCUUGCAUCAACUGUUCUCGCGCAAAAAGCAAGUGCAUCUUACUUAGCGUUGGAAAUGGCUGUGAAAGAUGCCAGAGACUAAAAAAGGACUGUCGGCCAUCGCCGACGGUUCGAAAGCGAAGUGUUCGCUCUUCUGCUUCAAGAAAUGCUCAACUUGAAGCAAAGCUUGAUAAUAUUGUAUCGUUGCUCCAGACAACUGGUGCUUCUAGUGUUCCUGCAGAUUGGGAAUCUGCAACUGCAAAACCGCAAUCAAAUGGCCUACCAGGUCCGACUGGUGCUCCGGUCGGUGGACCUAUCGGUGCUUAUGCUUCGCCUGGAAUUUCAUCGCCAUCAUCAGCAGCGUGCUCGCUCUCAUCAAUAGAUUCGAUUCAUGAUAUCUGCUCUGCGCUUCCCAUAUCGCCAGAGGAAGCCGAGAAGACACUUGGUCUGAUGCGUGUCCAGAACCUGAAAUUCCUUCCAUUCGUCUAUAUUCCUCCACAUGUUACUGCUGAUCAACUACGUGAAGACAAGCCGUUCUUCUGGCUUUGCAUUAUGGCGGUAGCGACCACGGUGAACAUACACAGAGAGCUUUUAUUUCGUAAAAUCACGAUGUUCAUUCAUCAAAAGCUUCUCAUUGAGGUUUCGCCGAGUAUGGACUUGCUCCUCGGCAUCAUGACAUUUAUAUCAUGGACGACUUACUCCCGGAAGCCAUUCCUCAACUUUUACGCUCAUGUGCUGAUGGGGCUUGUGUGUGACCUUGGUAUCAACCAGGCGGUUACUCAGGAGCUCUCCGCGAUGCAAGCAUUCAAGUGCAUAGUCGGGUGGAAACAGCAUAUCCCCACCGUCAGAACCCUGGAAGAGCGCCGGGCGGUCCUAGGAUGCUUCCUGCUCACUUCGAGCAUUGCCUUGACAAUGUGCAAAAUUGACGCUCUGAGAUGGAACCCUCAUAUGGAGGAGAGUCUAUCCGUUCUAUUGGAAGCCAAAGAAUGUCCGGAAGAUGAACUUUUAGUCACACUUGUCAAAAUUCAGUUGAUCAUGGACAAAAUUUAUCACAUGCGGCGGGAUGGCGACAACAACAAAUACUCGCUCUUAUAUACCAAGGCAUUCCAAUCGCAGCUGGAAUCAGUGAAAAGUCAGAUCCCUCAGCGCUUACAACAAGACAAGGCCGUUCUUUUGUAUCUUGCAUAUGCGGAGAUCGUGAUUCACGAGAUCGCGAUCAAAACUACCUCUAUGCCCAACUCCCCUGAGACGCAACGUCUUGAAAGUCUAUGCACAUGCCUCCAGGCAUCCAAAGCCUGGCUAGACCACUUCCUCGCAAUAUCUCCAGACCACCAUAUUGGAAUCUCGUUUACAGUUUUCUUUCAAUUCUCGAGGGCUCUGGUCACCUUAUACAAGCUUUCCACCUUGGAAGAUCCAGCUUGGGACAGGAACAUGGUACGAAGCACCGCCAACGUCCUCGAAAUCCUCGACCGUAUUCUCUAUAACCUGAAAAGGAGCUCUCGCAUCAUGCCGGAUCUUGAUAAUCCUGAAUACAACGUCUAUGAGAAGGGUGUCAAGAUGGUACAAUCCAUUAAACAAAUGUGGGAGCCAAAGCUCAUGGAGGUUUGGUACCCCAAUUUGCCAUCCGAUGAAAUCAACAACCAAUAUGUCCAGACUGGCCCCCCUCUGCCUGAGGUUAUGCCGAUGACUGGGUUUGAUGAUGCGUGGAUGUUGGAGGUUUUUGGCUCAAUAUGA